UUUAGUUCCGUGUCAUUACAACCGCAAGAAAAACGUAAAAGGCGCGAAAUGUCUUGCUUUGCUCCUUCGUAUCUUCAUCAUUUAUUUCUCUAAUGUUGAUUAGUGUUUGUAUGUUUACGCUGGGGAAUGUGUGAAGUGGUGUUUUAAGAGGAUUUGAGUCACACACACACUUGUGAGCCGGUGACAAUAGCCCACGCCGUAAGUCAUAACACGUGCCCGUGCUUUUGAGAGACAGACACAACCGACGAGAUGAUUUCAGAAAAGCCCCCGCUACCUGCAGACGGCCAGCAGGAUGAGGUUGAACUGCGAUUAGGGCUCGAGCCAGAGGUCCCGUUGGAAACAGUCCGGGACGGUUGGGACAGUAAAGUAGAGUAUUUCCUCGCUCAAGUCGGAUUCAGUGUGGGAUUGGGAAACGUUUGGAGGUUUCCGUAUCUCUGCCACCAAAACGGAGGAGGUGCGUUUAUUUUGCUGUACGUGUUGUUGAUGGUGCUGGUCGGUGUGCCGCUGUUUUUUCUGGAGCUUGCGGCUGGGCAGAGCAUCAGACAGGGCAGCAUUGGUGUCUGGAGGCACAUUUCUCCAAAACUUGUUGGCAUUGGCUACUCCAGCUGUGUGGUGUGUUUCUUUGUUGCUCUGUAUUAUAACGUCAUCAUCGGAUGGAGUAUUUUUUAUUUGGGGAAUUCUUUCCAGUAUCCUCUGCCAUGGGAAAAAUGUCCAACAGAAGGGAACCUCACAGUGAAGGAAUGUGCCGCCAGCUCCCCCACAGCAUAUUUCUGGUACCGUAAAGCUCUGGAUAUCACCGAUUCCAUUGAUGAAACGGGAGAGUUCAAUUUCAUCCUCACUGGAUGUCUGCUGGCCGCUUGGGUCAUUGUGUGUCUGGCCAUGUACAAGGGCAUCAAAUCUUCUGGCAAGGUGAUGUAUUUCUCAUCCGUGUUUCCAUACGUGGUCCUACUGUGCUUUCUGAUCAGAGGCGUGACACUGGACGGGGCAUCAGAGGGCAUUAAAUUCAUGUUUUACCCCAGACUGGAGAUCUGGGCUGAUGUUCAGGUGUGGCGUCAGGCGGCUACCCAGGUUUUCUUUGCUCUGGGUUUGGGUUUCGGUUCUGUGAUUGCGUACUCUUCCUACAACCCACGAAACAACAACUGCCAUCGAGACGCGUUCACUGUGUCUGGAGUCAACUUCAUGACAUCGGUUCUGGCCACGCUGGUGGUGUUUGCUGUGCUGGGCUUCAGGGCCAAAACCAUCGCCACAGAGUGUGUCAAGCGUAAUCUGAAGGCCUUGCUUAAGGUGACGUCCAGCACUUCUUUCCCCGUCCUGGCUAUCAAUGCCUCAGAUGUGGAGAGCAUCUCAUUGGACGAGUAUGCAAACUGGUACUCGACUCAAGGAACGCAGCUCGGCAUCUCUGAUUUUAACAUCACAGCCUGCAGCCUAGAGGAUGAACUCAGACAGGGUGUUGAGGGAACAGGUUUAGCCUUUAUAGCGUUCACAGAAGCCAUGACACUGUUUCCCGGGAGUCCGUUCUGGUCAGCGCUGUUCUUCCUCAUGCUGCUCAAUCUGGGCCUGUCCACCAUGUUCGGCACCAUGGCUGGAAUCCUGACCCCGCUUACGGACACCUUCAAGACCCUGCGCAACCACAAACUCAUCUUUACAAUCUGCAGCUGUACGGUGGGCUUUGUGAUCGGUCUGAUGUUCACUCAGCGCUGUGGAAACUACUUCGUGGCGAUGUUUGAUGAUUAUUCUGCCACUCUUCCUCUGAUCAUCGUUGUCAUCUUUCAGACCAUCAGUGUUUCAUGGGUUUAUGGAGCAGACAGGUUUUUGGAGGACCUGAAACAGAUGCUGAAUCGGCCGGUUCCUGUUAUAUACAAGUACUUGUGGAAAUAUGUGUGUCCAGUUGCUAUGCUGGGACUUUUGGGGGCCAGUCUGCUAAAGAUGAUAUUGAAGCGUCCCGAAUACUCUGCGUGGAAUAGAGAGAAGGCAUCCAAAGAAGAUCUUCCAUAUCCCGAUUGGGCUCUUGCUGUACUGAUCAUACUCAUAAUCUUUGCCUCACUUCCUGUCCCUAUCGGAUACCUCCAUUCCCUGCUCCUGGAGCGGCUCGGCCAGUCGCCAGCAGACACUGAGGCCAGAUACACACCAUGUGCCACUACAGACACAGAUCUGACACCUCUCAGCACGUUACCACCAUCACGGGACGACCCCAAUUCAUCCCACCCUUUACUUGAGGGAAAUCAUAACUCGCAUCUUCAAAACGGUCAUAUUGAAAGUGUGCAGUCGAGCGUUUUAUGAGCGAACAAGACAUCAGCGAUGGAGCUGUUUAAAUGGGAACAUUUUUAUUCACGUACUUUUAUAUUGACAACAAUCAUUUUAUCUGUUCGUAUGAACACGUGAGUAUAUAUAAAGACUUAAUUUAUGGCCAAAAGAAAACCGUCAUUGACUUCACAAUCCUCACACACUGAAAUCUUUGAGGAGUCUUUAAUUAUUUCUCUUUCAAUCAGAUUAUUAGGGCUGUAUUAUUAUAUGGUUUCAGCAUCGAUAUCUCAAUGUACACCUCUGAAAUCAUCACAUCAGAGAAUCUACACAAUCAACUUGUCACAGGACGAGACUAAUUCAUUCCAUCUUUUACUUGAGGGAAAUCAUAACUCGCAUCUUCAAAACGGUCAUAUUGAAAGUGUGGAGUUUACAAAGAUCAGCAAUGGAUCUGUUUACAUGGGAACAUUUUUAUUCAUGUGCUCUGCCAUUGAAAACAAUCAUUUUUAUUUGUCAUUUGAACACAAUUAUAUAUAAAAAAGACUUAAUUUAUGGCCAACAGAAAACUUACUUACAUUCACGUUCUUCACACACUGAAAUCUUUGAGGAGUCUUUAUUCAUUUCUCUUUCAAUCAGAUUAUUGGGGCUGUAUUAUUAUAUGGUUUCAGCAUCGAUGUGCAAUGCGCACCUCUGAAAUAAUCACAUCAGAGGAUCUAAAAAAUCAGCUUGGGAUUUUAAUCCAUCACAGGAUGAGACUAAUUUAUCCAGCCCAUUUACUUGAGGGAAAUAAUAACGCGCAUCUACAAAAAACGGUCAUAUUGAAAGUCUUUUAUGAGAGCACUGUCAUCAGAGUUCACAGACAUCAGCGAUUAGGGGGUGUGAAUCCACACUGGUCUUACGGUUCAGUUCGGUUACGAUUAUCAUGCCAUCAAUUCGGUUCAGUUCGAUAUCUCUGUGCAUCACAGUGCAUUGACGAUGCUUUCCAUACAUAAUUAGAUUUUUUCUUCACAACACAAUAAUUUUUUUUUAAUUAAAAUCUAUAAAUAUAUUAAUAUUUAUAUAUUAUUUGUAAUACAAUUUGUCCUUUUAAUACAAGUAGUCAGAUAUAUGAACGGUACCUUUAAUUUGACCUGCUCAAAGAAAACGCUCUUUCUGAAUGUAUCAAACAAAACUCCAAUACAUGCACAGAAGACAACAUGAGCAUUUCUAUGCUUUGCUGUUGACAACAAUCAUUUUAUCUGUUGAUAUGAACAUGAGGAUAUAUAAAAAAAGACUUAAUUUAUGGCCAACAGAAAACUGUCAUUGACUCCCUGACUCAUUCAGUACAUUUACAUGGACACCAAUACUCUGAUUUUAAUACGAUUAAGACAUUACUCUGAUUAAUAAUCUACCACAUAAACAGUGAUAUAUAUAUAUAUAUAUAUAUAUUUAUUAUUAUUAUUUAUUUUUUUUGUUUGUUUUUUUUUUUUUUUUUUGGUGGUUCAUUCCGCUGUGGCAACCCCUGAUAAAUAAGAGACCAAGUCAAAGGAGAAUGAAUGAAGAAUUGUCCAUGUAAAUGUAGUCAUUGAUUCAAGCCAUUUGAUAUCUUCUGAUAUCUUCUGGAAAAAUCCGGCUUUCAUGUUAAUGCCAGUACAGACCAAGCCAAUGCCAAACAACAAAACCCAACUGUGUUGCCAGUGUGUCCUGGAUUUUACAUGUAAAAAAUGCUGCAGGAAUGUCACUUGAAUUGAGUGUAUGUUAAUGGUACUGCAGACAGAGCCGUAUUUGUGUUUGAGGGGUCCAGGUGAACGUUAAACUACACCGUAACACUAUUGUUACCCGUUACAGUGGUUGAUUCACUUGAUGACUGAUGGUCCUGCUCGUUUGGUGAGCUGAUGAGUUUUCAUGAGAGACCCAUCAGUGUUAUUUUAACUACGGUAUAAAGAAACAGCAAGUGCUUGAUCUACUUUUAAACGUAAUGCUUUCGGAGUUGAAUAAUCAUUCCCAAUUAUUUAUUUUAGUUGUGUAUUUCAGAGGUGCUUGAUGCACUUUUGUGUUGAUUAAAAAAACAUGCAUUGAUGAAUCAGACCAGUCACGUGUUGUCUGCUUUUAGAAAUUAGCUUUUUUAAAUUGGUAAACAUCACUGCCAUAAAGCUGGAAAAAAUCAUGAUAUUUAUUAUAACUUUGUGUUGUUCGUCUGAAAGAGUAAAGUCGUGCACACAAAGUGCAGAUCAAGUGAAUAAAUUAUUGGAUAGUUUUGAUGAUUUUGGAGAACUGCUGCUUUUAAAAAUUCACCCUUAAAGGGGUUGUUCACACAAUGUAAAUUUUGCUAUUUAUUAAUUCUUCUAAAUCAGUUUAAGUUUCUUUUUUUGGUUGAACACAAAAGAAGAUAUUUUGAAGAAUGUUGAAAACCGGUAACCAUUGACUUUCAUAGUAUGUUAUUUAAUUCUUACGAUCCUAAAAUAGACGUCAUUGUUCAUGCAUAAUUAAAA